AUGAAGUCGGACCCUCCCCAUUUACCUUGGUCCCUCUUUGUAGUAUAUGGACCACCUUCAUUCAAUGUCAGGGAUGUGUUUUGGAGUACACUGGAAGAUCUAGUUAUGAAAGAGAAUAAAUCAGUCUUGGUCAUGGGUGAUUUAAACGGCACUCUGAAGGAUAGCGAAUGCAUAAUAUACUCUAAGCCAGGGAAUACCUCUUACUACUCCUUUGACCUUAGAAGAAUGGUGGCUUGGUCGGGCUUAAUUGAUAUUGGGGCAUUAGGCUUGUCUUUCACGUGGAGGAAAAACUGCAAAAAGAGUAAUGGUUUAAGCUCGUUAAAAAGAGCCAGGUUGGAUAGAUGUAUUGCCUUGGCAGAUUGGAGAGUGCACUUCCAUAAAGCAAUUGUAACGAAUAUUCCAACAAUGUCUUCUGACCACAAUUCGAUUUUUCUUGAUACCAGUGGAAACCAUGGGAGGCCUAGAAAGAAAUUCAUGUACGAGAAUAUGUGA